ACCUUUACAUGUCGUUCUUCAACAAACAUUGGUCGGCUCAAAAGCUCUUAAAAAAGACCAAUGUUCAUGUGCACAUGCCUCUAUAUAUCACUCCCAGUCCCAGAUAUACCAUAACUAAAGAGUCCAAGAACCAAAAAACAUCAUUACAUUUAAUAGCUAUGGCUAGUAGUAGCAGCAGCUCGUCGUUGUUUCCUACCCAACAACAAACGCAACAGCAAUUAGGAGGAAAUGAGCUCGAACCUGCAGCUACCAAUGCCAAUCUAAUUGCAGCACCAAACGCUCCAAACCAUUACUCCUCCGGCUCCAUUGGACCCUUCUUCGCAGUCAUCUCUGUUCUCGUCGUUCUUGCAGUUCUCUCCUGCUUCUUGGGUCGUAUAUGCGCACGGCGCCGCCAGAGUACUGUUUCGGUGGCUGAAGUCAAUCCGUUGGAGAUGAUUAAGAGUGGUGGGAUUUUAGGAUGGCUGAGGCGAAGAUGGAGAAGGUGUUUGGCCGGAGAUGUUGAGGCCGGAGCUAAAGUUGCUGAUUGUGCUGGUAAAGAAACACCUAAAGAUAAUGAUCAAGCUCGUCUAGAAGCACCUCCAGCUUGAUCUUGGUGCGUGUGUGUGUUAGACUAGUAAUAAGAGUAUCAACAUCCGAAGUAAAAUGUAAGCUAACUAUUAGCAUCAUCGAAAUGGUUUUUUCAAUUCUUCAAACACAUCUCGUUACCUUAUCACGAGUUUUAUCAUUUCUUAACGAUUACUUGAUUUGAACUGUUUUUCAUU